GGCCUAAUAUCUGCAAAACGGAAAAGAAAAUUUACUGUUGCCCUGGCUGGCAAAUGAUGGGCAAUGCUCUGUGCGUAAUACCGAUCUGUACGGGAAGGCGCUGCGGAAGGGGAAGAUGUGUCAAGCCGAACUUAUGCCUGUGUGAGGGGGGCCAUCUUAGUCCAUCGUGCUCUUCUCAUCCUGCUCCAAACAGGCUGCCUCAUACAGGCGUUGCGGAAUCUCAUUCAAAACCUAAUGACGGAUGCGGUAAUUGUCAGAACGGAGCGACCUGCCUCAUGGGAAAAUGCAUAUGUAGAGCAGGUUUUACUGGUCUCAAGUGUCAGGAACGUGAGAUCAUAUCCAGGGAAGGCGACGAUUGCGGAGGCUGCCAGAACGGAGGGACCUGCGCAUCGGGCAGGUGUCACUGCAGGCCAGGCUACUCUGGCCACAACUGUCAGGAGCCUGUUUGUAAAGAGGAUUGCCUCAACGGCGGGCGAUGCAUUGCUCCAGAUCGAUGCGCCUGCGUGUACGGUUAUACUGGGAGGAGAUGUGAAGCAGAUUAUCGCACAGGACCCUGUUUUACAAAAGUUUCUAAUGGUUUGUGCGGUGGCCAAUUACCCGGUGUGGUCUGCACAAAGAAUCUAUGCUGUGCCACAGUGGGAGCUGCUUGGGGUCAUCCAUGUGAACCUUGCCCUCAUAAUCUUCCCUGUGAAGAUGGUCAUCUAAAAAAUAUCCAUAGCGGACAAUGUGUUGAUAUAAAUGAAUGUGAUGCCAUUCCUGGACUGUGUUUGGGUGGAGAGUGUGUGAAUACUAUUGGCUCUUUUAUUUGCAAAUGUCCUAAAGGACAAGCAAGAGACGAAGUAACUAAUAUGUGCCGAGAUAUCGAUGAGUGUGCAGAGCAAGGAGUGUGCGAAAAUGGUUAUUGUAUAAACACGGAUGGAAGCUACUACUGCACUUGUCAUCCUGGAUUCAUUAGAAAUACAGAAAUGACUGGUUGCAUUGAUACACGCCAAGAUGAAUGCUACCCUGAUUUGGUUGGAGGUCAGUGCUAUACCGGCUUACCAAUACGGUUGUCCAAAAAAGACUGCUGUUGUGGAAUGGGCAUGGGAAAAGCAUGGGGUCAUCAGUGUGAACUCUGCCCUGUUUCCGGAGAAGAUGAAUUUAGUAGACUCUGUAACGAUAUAAUUGACGAAGGAAACGCUUGUGCAUUUCGACCAACAAUCUGUGGCGGAGGUCGAUGUCAACCUACUCCAGGCGGAUACGAGUGCGCCUGCUUCCCUGGUUACACUAAAGUCAUAAAGGGCCAGUCACAAGUGUGUGAAGAUGUGAAUGAGUGUGCUCAGGGCUUUUGUCUUGGUGGUAAUUGCAUCAAUUCCAAUGGUUCAUUUGUUUGCCACUGUUCUGAAGGAUAUCAUGUUUCCUCCGAUGGGACAAAAUGUAUAGAUUAUGAUGAAUGUCAACAGAAUGGAAUGUGUGCUAAUGGUCAAUGCAUUAAUAUGGCUGGUUCAUUCAAAUGCCAAUGUAAGCCAGGGUUUGUAUUGUCUUCAACUGGUCACGCUUGCAUUGAUAUAGACGAGUGUUAUGAAAAUCCAAGAAUUUGCCUCAAUGGAAGAUGCGAAAACACGCCUGGAUCUUACCAAUGUUUGUGCCUAUCUGGAUAUACUUUAUCUCAAGACAGGGCAUUUUGUAGUGAUAUAGAUGAAUGCGCCAAUCCUCAAACUUGUCAAAAUGGUAGAUGUUACAAUAUGGAAGGAACAUAUAAAUGUCUUUGCGAUUCAGGCUAUAAACUGAGUUCAGAUGAAAAAAGUUGUCAUGAUAUUGAUGAAUGCAACAGUCAGAACCCUCCUUGUCAAAAUGGACGAUGCUUGAACACAAUUGGAAGUUUCCGCUGCUCGUGUCAAAGUGGUUACAGUGUCAGCCUUGAUGGAAGAUCUUGUUUAGAUAUGCAAAAAGACGUUUGCUAUCUUUAUGACAAUGGUCAAUGCAGAGAGCCAUCGCUAGCAGUAGUCACAAAAAGCACCUGUUGCUGUUGUACGUCAUCAUCAUUUAUGUUUGCUUGGGGAUCGCCUUGUAAUCCAUGCCCUAUGCCAGGAUCACACGAGUUCUCAAUCUUAUGCCCCAGAGGACCAGGCAUGACUGCUGAGGAUAAAGACAUCAAUGAAUGUGCUCUAACCCCAGCAUUAUGUGCCAAUGGUGCCUGUGAAAAUAUGAAAGGAGGAUAUAGAUGUGUAUGUAACAAAGGUUACGAACCAGAUUCAACAUGGAAAAAAUGUGUUGAUAUUGACGAAUGCAAAGCUGAUGAAAGUACCUGUGAUGGGGGUCAGUGCAGAAAUACACCGGGUAGUUUCCAGUGCAUUUGUCCUCCUGGUACAAGAGAAAAUGUUGUAAAUCAUGUUUGUGAUGACAUAGACGAGUGUUCAGAAAUUCAAGAUGCAUGUUACAAUGGAGAUUGUAUAAACACUGUUGGUUCUUACGAAUGUGCUUGUCCACCAGGAUCAGUUAUCGACCACACAGGAAGAGUCUGUAUAGAUAAUAGAAAAGGGAGCUGUUGGACAAGGCUUGUAGCUGGGCGGUGUGAAAAUAGUCUUCCUGGCGUUACCCUGCAGUCAGAAUGCUGUUGCUCUAUUGGUGUUGCUUGGGGAUCUCCAUGCCAGAUGUGUCAUCAUACUGACUGUUCAUGUCCACGAGGUUUCACCAAGACUGAUGGAAAAACUUGCACAGACAUAAAUGAGUGCUCACUGAAUGCAGGAGUUUGUAGAGGUGGUGGAACCUGUGUUAACACUGAAGGCUCUUUCACGUGUGUAUGCCCUCCAGGACUCACACUUGAUUCUGCAGGAACAAUGUGCAUUGAUGUUAGACAAGAGAGCUGCUUUAGUGAAUUCAAACAUGGUAUGGGUUCUGGUACUAUUGAAGGUCUCUAUCCAAAAUCACUAUGCUGUUGUUCUCCAGUUGGUAAAGCAUGGGGAGGUUCCCCAAAUGGACAGCAAUGUGAAGCUUGUCCUAAACAAAAUACUCUUGCAUUUACGGAUCUUUGUCCUAAGGGGCCUGGAAUGAUAGACAGGAAAGAUAUCAAUGAGUGCAUAGAAUUUCCUGGAAUAUGUGCUAAUGGCAGAUGUCGUAAUAUGGUGGGUGGAUUUAGUUGUCGCUGUAAUCAAGGUUAUACACUUGAUGAAAAUGGGAUCAAAUGUGUUGACAUCGAUGAAUGUAACAUAAUGCAUGGUGCUUGUGGUAAUGGAACUUGUCAGAAUUUACCGGGAAGUUUCACUUGUAAUUGUAAAGAAGGAUUUGAAAAUUCAGAAAUUAUGCAAGUUUGUGUGGACAUCAAUGAAUGUGAGAAGAUUCCUGGUUUGUGCAGAGGAGGCACUUGUAAAAAUACUCCUGGAAGUUUCACAUGCAUUUGCCCUGCUGGUCAUGAACUUGCUCCUGAUAAAAAAUCUUGCAAAGAUAUAGACGAGUGUUCAAGAACAAGUGGAAUAUGCUCAAAUGGUGUGUGUGAAAAUAUGAUGGGAACUUAUCAAUGUGUCUGUGAUGAUGGAUACGAACAUGCUGGAAUCAAAUCACAUUGUGAAGAUAUUGAUGAAUGUGAUAGCAGUAACGGAGGGUGUCAGUCUAUCUGCUUAAAUACACCAGGAAGUUUCUUAUGUGAUUGCCAGAGAGGAUUUGUGCUUAGCCUUGACAGUAGAACUUGCAUGGAUAUAGAUGAAUGUAAAGAAAAUCCAAGAAUUUGUAACGGUGGAAAGUGUAGAAACACAAUCGGAAGUUUCACCUGUGAAUGCACAAAAGGACUAUUGCAAGGACCAGAUGGAUCAUCUUGUGUUGAUAUUGACGAAUGUGCACAAGACAAAAAUAUCUGUGGAAACGGUGAAUGUGAUAAUACUGUUGGUUCUUAUCUAUGCCACUGUGAACCUGGUUAUUCUGUUAAGCCAAAUCAGUCUUCACUCUGCACUGACGAUGAUGAAUGUGAGCUUUGCAAUAAUAAUUGUGAUGUGAAUGCACAUUGCAUAAACAAUCCCGGAUCAUACAGUUGUCGUUGUAAGGAUGGAUUCACUGGUGAUGGCACCUCUUGUCAAGAUAUCAAUGAAUGUCUUAAUAACAAUGGAGGCUGUAAUCAAAAUGCUCAGUGUGUUAACAAUGACGGAUCUUUCAAAUGUGUUUGUGACUCUGGGUUUCGUGGAGAUGGCUACUUAUGUACCGAUGUGGAUGAAUGUGCUGAAAAUCCAAUGUUAUGUGCUAAUGGCCAUUGCCUUAACUAUCCAGGUUCUUUCAGAUGUGAAUGUGAAAUGGGCUUUAUGCAUCCAAAUGAUAACAGUGAAACUGCUUGUGUCGAUAUAAACGAAUGCCAAAUGUUUUCCAACCUAUGUGUUUACGGUGAAUGCAAAAAUAUUUUUGGAAUGUUCCGAUGUGAAUGUAAGGAUGGCUUUCAACUGGACAAUACAGGAGGAAACUGCACUGAUAAAAAUGAAUGUGACAGUCCACAAGCUUGCCAGUAUGGGACUUGUAAAAAUACAAUUGGGAGCUAUAUCUGUACCUGCCCAGAUAACUAUCAGCUAGUUCCUGCUGGUAAUGCGUGUGUUGACAAAAGGGAGUCCAGAUGCUACUUAAAUGUAGAGCCUCUGCCAGGUCGUGGCCCGAGGUGUUCUAAAGAAACAGGUGGUCCAAUGACAAAAGCAACGUGCUGCUGUUCUCUCGGAAGGGCCUGGGGUUUAAGUUGUGAACUUUGUCCUGAACAGGGUACCAAAGAAUACAAAGAUCUCUGUCCUGGAGGAACUGGCUACAGUCCGAAUGUUGUGACGGUAGGCUUAGAAGAUAUAAAUGAAUGUGUCGAGCAUGAUAAUUUAUGUAAAAAUGGCCAUUGCACUAAUACUUUUGGCAGCUACAUGUGCUCCUGUAGUGAUGGUUUCAGGCUUAGUAACACCACUGCUAUAUGUGUUGACAUUGAUGAAUGUAAUGAAAAUAUUCAUACUUGUGGACCUGUUGGAUUUUGUGUUAAUGAAGAUGGUUCUUUUCAUUGCAUUUGUCCUGACCAUUAUAUGCUAUUACCCAAUGGAAAGGGUUGUGUCGAUAUGCGCAUGGAACAAUGCUAUACAUCUAUCCACGGCAGUGAAUGCUCACACCCAAUGAUGAUGAAACAAACACGGAUGCUCUGUUGCUGCUCAAUGGGAGCAGCUUGGGGAACCCCAUGUCAGAAGUGCCCAACACCUGGUUCAAGGGAAUACAUUGAUCUUUGUGGACAUGGUGAUUUAGUUGACCCCAUGACAAACAAGACAAUAUUCAUAGAUGAAUGUUCUAUGAUGCCUACUUUGUGCACUAACGGAAAAUGCAUGAACACUCCAGGCAGUUUUGAGUGUCUUUGUAAUAGAGGCUUCUCAUACGAUCAAGAAUCUCAUUUGUGUAUUGACGAAAAUGAAUGUUUACGAAGCCCAUCCCCAUGUAGAGGUAAUUCAGAGUGUGUGAACAGUCAAGGCAGCUUUCAUUGUCUUUGUCCUGAUGGUUACAAACUAGGUGUAUCCUACAGAGAUUGCGUUGAUGUGGAUGAAUGCAUUGAAAAACCUGGAGUCUGUGCUCAUGGCUCAUGCAAGAACUUUCAAGGCAGUUUCCAAUGCGUUUGCCCAUCUGGUUAUUCAUUGUCAACUAACAGGGAUGCUUGUGUUGACAUUAAUGAAUGCGCACGCCACCCUAAUAUCUGCAACAACGGCACAUGCUCGAAUAGUGAGGGUUCAUUUUCUUGUGCCUGUCACCCAGGUUUCAAACUUAGCCACAAUAAUGACUGUAUUGAUGUUGAUGAGUGUCAUGUAAUGCCACUUCUUUGUAAAAAUGGAAGAUGCAGAAAUACAGUUGGUUCAUUCAAAUGUGAAUGUUUUGAAGGUUACACAUUAGCACCAGAUCAACAAUACUGCAGAGAUAUUAAUGAAUGUUCUGAGACGGACGACAUAUGUUUGCCACCUGGACGCUGCCAGAACACUAUUGGUUCCUUUAUUUGCUCUUGCCCUCCAGGUUAUCGGCUUUCUCCUGACAGAAAGAGCUGUGUUGAUAUCGAUGAGUGCCUUGAAAGAAAAGGAAUUUGUGAAGGAGGUAUUUGUAAUAACACCAUUGGAGGUAUGAUCUGUCAUUGUCCUGAAGGUUUUAUUUUAUCGGACACUGGAAUGAAAUGUAUCGACAUGAGGAAAAAUCUAUGUUAUGAUACUAUGGACCAAGGAUAUUGCUCAAGCCCAAGAAUGAAAACUAUCACAAUGAAAGAAUGUUGCUGUUCCAUGGGAAUGGGAUGGGGUACUGACUGCCUUCCAUGUCCUGAAGAAGGAACAGAUGAAUUUCUGCAGCUUUGCCCGCAAGGGCCCGGUAGAGAAGAUACUGGUCAUGACUUGGAUGAAUGUGCAAUAAUGCCAAACGCCUGUAGUGGAGGAGAUUGUAUCAACACUGAUGGUUCCUUUAGGUGUGAAUGUCCUUCAGGGUACAUACUGGAUUCUACCGGGAAGCAUUGUGUUGAUGACAAUGAAUGUCUUCAUUCUAAUAAUAUUUGUGGUAACGGUACAUGUACAAAUGUUGAAGGAGGUUUUGAGUGCAGUUGUAAUUUUGGAUUUGCCCCAGGACCAAUGCAGACAUGUGAAGACAUCAAUGAAUGUCAAGAAUUGAGCAAUCAGUGUGCAUUUCGUUGUCACAAUGUUCCUGGCUCCUUUAGAUGUAUUUGUCCUUACGGCUACACUCUGGCACCAGAUGGAAGACACUGCCGUGAUGUUGAUGAGUGUUUGACACCAGCGAAUAACUGUAAAUUUCAAUGCAAAAAUAUGAUUGGUUCAUUUACAUGCAUUUGUCCAGAAGGGUAUUCAACGGUAGACAUGUCAGACGACUGCCAGGAUAUUGAUGAGUGCUCAACUACUCCUGAUAUUUGCCAGAAUGGGCGAUGUUUUAAUACUGAAGGAAGCUAUAGGUGUGACUGUUACCCUGGAUUCAAGAGAAGUCCAGACGGAUCUCAUUGUUUAGAUGAACGAGUAGGAAACUGCUUUAGGUCUUAUAUAAGAGGCCAGUGCGGGACUGAGUUGAGCGAGAAACAAGUUACGCGUGCAGAUUGCUGCUGUACAAUGGGUGCUGCUUGGGGUCCAAUGUGUGAACCAUGCCCUCCUCCUCAUUCGCUCAAUUAUACAGACUUGUGUUUGGAAGCAGGCAUCAACAUUGAUGGCCAAGAUAUUGACGAGUGCAAAGCACUACCUGAUCUAUGCAAAAAUGGCCGUUGUAUUAACAGUUUAGGUUCUUAUAAAUGCAUCUGUAAUAAAGGAUACAAGUUAGAUUAUACCGGUACUAGUUGCCGAGAUAUUAAUGAAUGUUACAACAGACCCAGUCCAUGUAAAUUUCAUUGUCAAAAUACUGAUGGAAGUUAUCGUUGUUCAUGUCCUAAUGGGUACAAACUCGCUCCUGAUGGUAUAACGUGCUUUGAUGUGGAUGAGUGUGCCACUCGACAACACACCUGCCAACACAUAUGUACCAACACUGUUGGUAGCUACAGUUGCUCUUGUCCUCCUGGAUAUAGGCAAGAAGGGGACCAUUGUCUCGAUAUUGAUGAAUGUGCCAAUGGGGUCGGGGUUUGUAUCCCUCCUGGAAAAUGCAUAAAUACGCUGGGUAGUUACCGAUGCAUUUGCCCAAGGGGUUACAAAAUGGACAAAGCUAACAAUUACUGCAAAGAUGAGGACGAAUGCACUGAUGAUUCCAAAUGUCAGCAUGGCUGUGAAAACAUGCUUGGUAGCUUCAGAUGUAACUGUCCAGAAGGUUACAUACGACACUUAUAUUAUAACAAGUGCAUUGAUGACAAUGAAUGCAUGAAAAACCCCUGUGGGCAAGCAAAUUGUGUCAACACGUUAGGAAGUUACCAGUGUUCCUGCCCGGAUAAUUAUCAGUUCGAUGAAGCAAAUAUGAUCUGUGUACAGAUGAAUUCAGCUUGCAUCGGUAGCCCCUGUUCUUUUGGUUGUACACCAAAAAUGAAUGGAGACGGAUUCACGUGUGGCUGUCCUAAUGGAUAUCAACAAAUCGGCCAGGGACAUUGCUUGGCAACCAUUAAUCCAGUCAGUAAUUUUGGAGUUUCAACUCCUUCAUUAAUUACUCAACAAGGCCUUUAUCAUAUACCUUCAGACAAAGUUAUAUCAACCGAGGGUUGCUUCUCAUGCAAGACUAACGGAAGGCAAAGGCGUAUGACAAAUGGAACAGUUCCUUUUUGGAUGAAUGGUAUAAAGUCUAAAGGUUUCAAGAAACCUAAGAACGGUACCAGACAUAAAAGGCAUCAUGGAGGAAAGCAAGCUAACGCAAACCAGAUAAUGCAGUUGACCGAACUUUCUAAAGCAGAUUGGGAAUACAAAGUUCUGAGACUGACUAAGUUACAAACAAGACAUAGGAAGAGGAUAUUGGAAAUACAACCAACUGUAAAGGGUAAUUACAUUUACAAAAUAUUAAGAGGUAAUGAAAGAGGACACUUUGAGUUGGAAAAACACAGCCGCGCUUGGGCAUUGCACUUCAAGAAAAGACAUAAUAAUUCAUCAGUUUUCAAUCUGGAAAUAGUAGGUCUGCCUGUAUCACCUAAAUUACCAUCGCCUCCUGUCACACAACCCAUUGUACUUAGAGUAAGGAUUGUAGUUGUAUAAUUUAAGGUUUAAUGUACACCACUCUCCUGCCAUAAAAUUUUACUCUCUGAGUAUGGUGUGAAUGAAAACAAUACCAUUGACGAGCUUUUAGAAUAAUUUGUCUUGAUUUGUCUAUAUUGAUAUAACUUUUUAUAUCUUAGUUGUUUACCACAGAUUAUAAUAAAAUUUCACCUACUUUAAGGGGCCUUAAAUUAAUUGUGAUGUGUUCAUUUCUUAAGCUAUGUAUCUUCCCGAUGAUAUGGCUUAUUAUAUAUUAGUAGAUUUUGUAAAUAAGAUAUGUUUGUGUAUAUGUUUUGUGUUUGUAGAUAUUUGUAUUAAAUACAAAAUAAUAUAAGUCUACAUUACAGUCUGAUCGAAUGAAUGGGUGGGCAUAAAAUGUUUACUAUUCAUUUGUUUGUAAAGGAUGGAUAUAUGUUAUUUUUUAAAUAUAAUUAUUUUUUUCUUUUUACUCUUGAAAUUUAUUUUUAUUAUUUAGAAAAAUACAUUGUGACUAGGGAUGGGAUUAAAAUAAUGCAUACACUCCCUAUUAAAUUGCAGUAGCCUUACAAUUAGUUAAGGUCCAUAUUUGUUCUAUUUUAAAUAGAAAACAUUUUGUUUUAAUGUAUCAAACAGUUGUGAAACUUAAAAAAAAAAUGUAAAUGAAUGUUGAUCAUUAUUAACAUGAUGUUUUUAUUAAUUUGAGAAAUAAUAAAUUAAGGGAGAAACAUAAAAUAUUACCAAAUAAUUAUUUUUGGAAAAUUGAAGAUGAUCAUCAAUAUGCCAUGUUAUGAUCUCAGCAAAUAUAAUUUUAAUUCAUCAUUUAAUACCUUCUUCUUCUAAAUCUAUUCCUCUUCUACCAUUGAUUAGUGUAGAGGAUCUUGUUUAUAGAGCCUGAUCUAUACCAGCUGACUUUCUGUUCCGGUUCAUUCCUCUUCAAUCAAAAGCAUCUCUUACCGAGCCUUCUUCCUUCCACUCUUACUCCAUACAAGAUUUAAUAUCCAAACUUAAAAUUUGGAAUAUUUGCAGUUAUAUCUCUUCAGACUUUUGGGAAGCAAGAUAGUUUUAUUAUUAUUGAAAAUUACUUCUUUACGCAAAUUAAUUAUAAGGAUUCUUAUCCAGAAUUUAUCAAAUAAAUGAGAUCAUUCAUUGAUCAGACUGUAAAUGUUUAAAAUCAAUAAAGGAUUAUGAAAUUUCAAUUAUGCAAUAAAAAUAUAUAUUUUUCUAAAAAUUUAUACUAUUGACAAUAGUUGCUUUAAUAAUACAUAAAUCAAAAAAGUUAAUUUUAAUCAUCAUCUAUUCGAACUGUGAUUUUUUUUUUUUAAAUGUUGAUACUACUUUUAAUAAUUUGUCAAUUUAAAAAAUACUGAAGCCGUUUCAAAUAAUUAUAAUUUGUUUUGGUUUAAAUUAAAUUCUUACUUUUUUAGUUAUGUACUGCUCAAUUACUGAAUCAGUUUGCUCCUCCUUAUUUUUUUAAAAUUUGAAUUAAAAAAUAUAUUGAUCAAUUGAAAUUCGGUUAGAUAACUAUUUUACCUAAUAACUUUCAGCUGUUUUAGUCCAAAUAUAUCUUUGAUCUUCCUCAGUCAGUCAUUCCAUAACACUCCCCUCUUUUCCAUGUCCUCUUCCUGAAGUGACCUUUACUUCUUUCUGGCUGAUGAUUGUCAAUCCAUAAUUGUUUUUUUUUUUCAUCCUCAACUCAAGACUGAAGCAAUGUAGGCACUUUUUUCAUAGAUUUCUAAAAAAUUACUUUGUGUAUUCCUGUUGUUUUGAAUAAAAUUCCUUAGUCUUUUUUUUUUUUUAAUUUUCCUACAUGGAGUAUUAUUAAAAAUUUCUCAUAAUAAAUCUAAUUUGUCUCACAAAUGUCAUGUAGAACAAUGUCUAACAUUUUAUAUUUUGUAUUUAAUAUUAACUUUGAAGAAUUCAUUUUUAAUUGAGCAGUUCAUCGUUUUCAGUAGGUGAGUUUCAAUUUUAAGAAUUAAUGUGUAAUAUAUUCUUAUUUCGUUUAUUUCAUUUACAACUAGUCUGCAAUAUUUUUCCAAAAGCUUUAUAGAUAUUAAAUUUUAAUUUAUUUGAUGUUCUAUUACUUUUAUUGUUGUGUAUAUCUUCUUUCUCACUGCCAAAUUAAGUUAUAAAAAUAUACACUUAUAAAUAUUUAUUAUUUUUCGACCUACACUGUAUGUUGACUUGUCAUUAGAUGAAUAUAUAGCAUUGUGUAUUUUCUUAAUAAAAGUUUUUUUUAAAUGUUA